AUGCAGCCCUCUCUGCUUGUGGCCGUCGUCGCUCUCGCUCUCGCUCUCGCAGCCUCUGCCGCCCCGGGACAGCCCGAGAAGCGCGCUACCUGCAGCGGCGGGCGGACUACCGCACACGCGUCGUGCUGCGUCUGGUUCGACGUCCUCGACGACAUCCAGGAGAAUCUCUUUGACGGCGGAGAGUGCGGUUCGUGGCUCCCCCUGCUCUCCAACAGCAUCUGUUCACUCAUCUCGGCCCCGGGAAUGCUCAACACCUCCGUGAAAUUUGCAGUCCCUUCGUGUACGCGGAGCUGCACUGGUAUUGUUUUGCAUGCUGAUUCUGUUUUCAAGCUGACUUUCCACGACGCAAUCGGGUUCUCUCCGCUCAUGUUUUUGGAAGGCGACUUUGGCGGUGGCGGAGCCGACGGCUCGAUCAUGGCGCACUCGGAUAUAGAAACCGCUUUCCCUGCCAACAACGGAAUCGACGACAUCGUGGAUUUGCAGCGACCGUAUGCCAUCGCGCACAAGGUCUCCUUCGGCGACUUCAUCCAAUUCGCCGGCGCCGUCGGGAUAACCAACUGCCCCGGGGCGCCCCGCCUGGAGUUCCUCGCAGGGCGCUCCAACUCGUCGCGCCCCUCGCCCGACAAGCUUGUCCCUGAACCACAGGACUCGAUUCUUUCGAUUCUUCUGCGCUUUGCUGACGCGGGCUUCACGCCGAACGAGAUCGUCGACCUGCUCGUCAGCCAUACGGUCGCGGCGCAGGACCAUGUCGAUCCGACGAUCCCGGGCACGCCGUUCGACUCGACGCCGGGAGUGUUUGACUCGCAGUUCUUCAUCGAGACGCUCCUUGUCGGCACGUCGUUCCCGGGCAAUGGGAGCAACGUCGGCGAGCUCAAGUCCCCGCUCCGCGGCGAGUUCCGGCUGCAGUCCGACGCGGCGAUCGCGCGGAACCUCAUAACCGCCUGCCAGUGGCAGUCGUUCAUCACCGACCACGAGCUCAUGAUCGGCCGCUUCCGCGCGGCGAUGGCGAAGCUCGCGACGCUCGGGCAGAUCCGGGCGCUGCUCACCGACUGCUCGGACGUCAUCCCCGUGCCGAAGCCGCUUCCGGCCGGCAGUACACCGAUGCUCCCGGCGGGAAAGACGAUGAAGGACGUGCAAGCUGCCUGUCUCGAUACCCCGUUCCCCACGCUCACGGCCGCGCCUGGUCCGGUGACGAGCGUGGCCCCGGUCCCACCUUAG